AAAUAUUUUUUGACAUUGAAUAUUUUUUUUUGAGCAACAAGGGUUUGCAAAAUAUUAUUAUAUAUCUACAUACUCACAGGCAAUCGCAUGACAGAUUCAUAUUGAAGAGUUUUGAAAAGACCUGCCUGUGUCAAAUUUCUGCAAAAAGGAAAUCAGAAUGUUAUGCAAUAAAGUCAAAAUGGAAGUAAAUCCUAAUUUUACCAGUCAGCACCUGAUAUAUAAACAGACAAAGCAUUUAUUUCAUAUACCAAGAUUUACACCAGAUAAAGAAAUGCUGUCUAAAAUAUUAAAAAAUCAAAAUAAGAAAGGCAAUGUAUUUGAGGGAUUAUAUGAAGCAUUAAGAAAAGUGCAAACAUUCCAGUUGAUUCCAGUUAUUCAUGCUACAAACUUAACAAAAAGUCAGAUUGAGGAAGUGAAAAAAAUAGCUAGUCAAUAUGAAGUUACUGACAGUGAAAUUGAUAACUUUAUAUCGGAAGAAUCAGGAAAAGAUAGACUCCGAAGGAUGUUUAAGAAAAAUGAAUUGAAAGAAAGAUCAGAUGAAUUGGUAUUUAUUUGGGAUAAUACAGUAAAAAUGACUGCAAUCGCAUACUUUGGAAUGUUCUUAUUAAAACUUAUGAAUGAGAAGAGAGAAUUUAUAAGGAAAAGCAAGAGCGCUGUAUACUUUUCUGGCUUCUCAGCAGGAAGGCAAAUGAGAGAUACAGUGAUUACAAGAUCAGUAUUAUUUGGUGGAGCUUGGGCUGCAAGGUGUGGACUUCUAGCAGGCAGUGUAUUAGCAGUGUCACAAAGUAUAGCAGUUUAUAGAAAUAAAACAUCUGUAUUGGAAUAUGUUAUUGGUACAGGUGUGGGCUGUAGUCUCAGUAGAUUUAUGCAUGGCCCAGAAGGAAUGGUUGGAGGAUUUCUUAUAGGAAGUGUCAUUGGGUUGUGUAUAGGUAUUCCUGUGGUGAUGUUAAUGAAAAGUAUAAACAAAACACAAGAGGAUAGACACAAAGAUCAAAUUAGAGAACUGUUGCGAUACCAAAAAAAAAUUCAGGGAGAAAUAAAGAAACCAUUGACAACUAUAUCAGAAGAAAUAAAGCCAAAACAAGAAGUUACUUCUAAACCUGAAGAUACAAAGCCAAAACAAGAAGUUACCUCUAAAUCAGAAAAAACAAAACUAAAACAAGAAGCUUCUUCAAUAAAAGAAGAAACAAAACCAAAACAAGAAGCAAUAUGCAAGUGAACUAGAUGUAUAUAUUUGGGACUUUUUAAUAGUCAAAAGCAUACCCUUGGGUUAUGAACUUUGACAGAAAGCUUUUUAGCAUGGACAACAUUUGACUGUGAUAGAAAGCAAAAUUAAAAGGUUGAAAUUUA